AUGCGUGUCGGGACCGUAACCAUGCAGUUGGAUUCGAAACAAUUAGAACAAGUACUCCCAACACCAUUGACGGAAAAUGUACAUAUUCUCUAUCCUCAUUUACAAUCAGUUUUAUUGACAAAUGAUAAUGUUUAUGAUGAAAAACGUUUCCAUACACUCAAAACACAACUAUUGUCGUUCAAAAUCAAAUGGAAGCAAACAAAAGAAGAAUUACUAAUGUCUUUAACGGGUAAAUUUCAGUUAUACUUCAUUCUUCCGUAUGUUUCAACGACUGUCUUGGUUUUAGCUUGUUUGUUGUCAGGUUUAGAUAUCUUGAGCUUGAGCGAUGCUGACAUAUACGAAUUAAGAACACUAGAUCGUCCAUCAAGAGCGGUUCAAAUGGUUUUGGAAGCUGUUUGUAUCUUAUUCAGACGUAAUAAUGAUGAAACACCGGUGAGUAAUUGGCAACAGUUAAUAAAACAUAGGAGUCAGUUUUUAUCAAUGCUACUAUCGUACGACAAAGACAGUAUCAGCGAUGAAUGUUUGAAAAACCUCAAGCCUUAUAUAGACCAAGAAGAGCUACAAGUGCAUAACAUUGUAACAGCGUCCUUGGCAUGUGUAUCAAUUGGCCGUUGGGUACAUGCAAUGUAUAAUUAUGCCAUGGUGCGACGGCAAAUAGAAUAUCAGUCAAGAUAUAUGGACUAG